AUGGCUCACGUUCAUCACCACGAGGGGCCCGUGGCGCCCCCUCAUCUGGCCCACAGUCACGCCCACGAAGGCGACGUUCCCGGCACCGUCUAUCUCAAGGCUGCCGAGGGCGAUGAUACCGCCUACGGCCAGGCCCUCUUCCCCGUGCCCGCCGAGGACCCCAACGACCCUCUGCAGUGGCCCAAGUACAAGAAGCUCGCCAUCCUGAUCGCCUGCUCGCUGUACUCCUUCCUCGGUAACUCGGCCCUGCUCGGCCCUUCGGUCUACAUUGGCAUCUACUCGCAGGAGUUUGGCAUCACGCCCAACGAGGCCAGCGGGCUGAUCAACUACCCCAACCUUGCCUUUGGCUUUGGUUCCCUCCUCCUUGUUCCGCUCUACCACAAGAUCGGCCGCCGUCCUGUUAUGCUCGCUUCCAUGAUCCUGUACUGCGCUGGCUUGAUCGGAGCCUCUCAGGCAACCUCUUUCGCCGGCUUGAUGGUCGCCCGCGUGGUGCACGGCUUUGGCUCCGGCGUGUGCGAGGCCUUGCCAGUGCAGCUUGUCAACGAUAUCUUUUACCUCCACGAGCGCGGUACCAGGCUCGGUAUCUAUACUGUCUGCCUUUGCUUCGGCGCGACGGGCCCCCUCUACGCCGGAUACAUGCUGGCAGGUGGCUACUCGUGGCGCCUCUUCUUCUACGUCGAGUUUGCCUUUGCCAUGGGCCUGCUCAUCUACUCCUUCUUCGUCGUCGAGGAGACCACCUACCACCGCCACACCCCUCAGGACAUGGCGUCCGACGCAUCAAUCACCGGCGAGAAGGACGGCGUUGUAGCCGCCGAGCGCACCGCCGUCAUCCCUCCCCGCAAGACCUUCAUCCAGCAGCUGAAGUUCUGGGGCGUGUGGGAGAAGGACUCGCCCUUCUUCCUCAUGAUGGCCCGCUCGUUCACCUACUUCCUCGUGCCUCACGUCUUCUGGGUCGUCACCACCUACGGCAUCUACAUCGGCCUCGGCGCCCUGACCUUCAACUUCACCUUCCCGCUCAAGAUCACCGCCCCGCCCUACAACUGGUCCCAGACCAGCUCCGGCCUCGUCACCAUCUCCACCAUCAUCGGGUACGGCCUCGCCAUCCCCUUCACCACCUCGUCCGACCGCCUCGCCGCCCGCCUGACCCGCAAGAACGACGGGCUGCGCGAGGCCGAGAUGCGCCUCGGCGUCAUGCUGCCCGCCAUGCUCAUCGCCCCCGCGGGCCUGAUCCUCUACGGCUUCGCCGCCGAGCGCAACCUGCACUGGAUCUCGUACUUUAUCGCCGUCGCCAUGACCCAGUUCGCCUCCUACUUCUACUUCACCUUUGCGCUCGCCUACGCCAUCGACAGCUACAACUCCAACAUCAGCGAGAUGCUCAUCGCCAUGAACCUCGGCAAGCAGGCCAUCAGCUUCGGCAUGGGCGUCAACCUGCUCGAGUGGAUCCUGCAGCACGGCUACGUCGUCAUGAUCGCCGGCGUCUUCUGCGGCCUGCUGCUCGCCAACAACCUCGCCCUCAUCGUCUUCAUGGUCUGGGGCAAGCGGAUCCGCGCCUUCAUGGCCCGCACGUGGCUCGCCAAGAUCCACCGCGGCAGCAUCCGCGAGGUCGCUACGCAUUAA